AUGUCUCAGAAAAUCGGACACAGUGGGUUGGCAUUUGCGCGUCUUUGGCACCACGUGGAUGUUGCCCGUGAUAAGAGGACGUUAGGUAGAUUGGCCUCAGCAAUUGCGAUCACCUUGAUUGGUAAACAUAAGCCAAUAUACCAUCCAUCGCAGGACUCUGGAGACUAUGUAGUGGUAACGAACUGUCAAAAAAUGCGUGUGACAGGUAAGAAGUUCGAGCAGAAGACGUACUGGUCUCAUUCAGGUAGACCUGGCCAGCUUAAGUUACAGACGAUGGAAAAGGUUGUUGCAGAUAAAGGUUUUGGAGAGAUCUUGAAAAAGGCAGUUAGUGGUAUGCUGCCCAAAAAUAAACUAAGAAAACAAAGAUUAGACCGUUUAAAAGUGUUCGAUGGCAGUGACAAUCCUUACAAACAGAAUAUUACUGCUUUUGCUCAUGAGCAGUCAUCAAUACCAGAAUCUAUAAAGGAGUUAAUCUCGAACCAAUUGAAAUAA